AUUCAAAACGGCAUAUUUAUUGUAUCAAACAAUGAAUAUUUGUUUGAAUUUAUUGACAAAUUUGCGGAAAUUUGUUUUAUAUUUCGUAGCGCCAAACUGGUUGAUAGUGUAGUGCGUUGAACUGAGUUCUGGUUUCGCUUGAUUGCAUUUGUUAAUAAGUGUAAGCGCAUGGUGUGCACUUGCUGGGUCGUGCAUUCGACUUCUUUCCGACUGGACGCGAUCCGCUACGUCUGAGAUCUUAGUUUGUUCGGCACGAAUUUAUCGGCUACAAUGUCCGAAAAUCACUCUAAUCAACUCUCACGAUUAUUUUACCCUAUAAAUGAACGUGUCGGUUUGUCGAUUGGUGUUAUAUCUGGACACCAAAGCAAGCACAAACGGAAACAUUUAGUUUUUACAAGUAAUUAGUGCAGAUCAUUAACAAUAUCUUAGUUUCACUAACGAAGCCUACGAGCAUUCAGGUCUAUCUGGUCAAGAUUACGGAUAAAAAUGAAAUUAAGAAAGUGCAAGUAUGCAACGCGAAGAAUCUGAAAAAAAUUGACUGCAGAGAUACAAAAACUCAACCUAGCUAUGAAUUACAAAUCAUUACAGAAAAUAAGAUAUGGGUAUUUAAUGCUUUGAAAUUAGAAGAAAAAAGACAUUUUGUCAGUUCAUUUUGUCGUACGCUUGCAACACUUCUACCACAUGUGAUCAAAGAUAUAGAAUUAGUCAAUUUCCCACAAGAUAUAAAUAUUUCUCCACUUAGUCAACAUGAAACAUUGGAUGCUUUGCUUAAUCCUGAAUAUAUGUCAACGGUUGGUACCGGUGGCGAUGAGGAUAAUGUUGACGGUGAUGAAAAAUCAGUUGAUAAAGAUAAGUCGGAUGUCAAUGCACCGGUCACUGAUUCAUACCGUUCAUUGACAAAACGUGAAGAAGAUGAUAUACGACAAUUUCUAGAUGAACUUGAUGAAGAAUCAACACUCUUAAAUGCUGCUCAACUAACAGAACGUUUACAAGAACAGUUGGCUCACAUUGAAGGUGUAAGAUGAUUUACGUUUGGUCUUUGGAUUUUCCCUUUUUAUUUCUAAGAAUAAUUUAUUUAGUAGUAUAUUGUUAUGAAUUUAAUCAAGUUCGCGAUACAAUCUAACGUCAAUUGAGGAUUGUUUUUUGGCUAUCUCAGUAGUGUGUAUUUAUAGUGCUUCUCACAAAAUUUAUAUAGAUGGUAUUUGGUCUGGUUUUAUGUAAAGUCGUUAGUUUUUAAGUUGAUUGAUGAGAUCAAUUUACGCAUAGUAAAAGCCAGAUAGGUUCAUUUCUGAUUUUUACCAAUAAUAAACAAUAAUAAUAACUCAUUGGUAUUGAUUGUUUUAAUCUUCCCACUUGUAUUUAGGACUGUAACAAUUCAGUCUCUUUUAGCUUAUGUGCAUCCUAUGCAAAUUGCUUCGAUAUUGCGAUCGAAUCGCAAGUGUUUUUGGGCAGAGUUGGAUGGUGGUUCAUAAUGGAAUCGAGAAUAUGCCUUCCGCUUCAUUUAAGACUCAUCAUCUGGAUGUAUCUACAUCCCAUAAAAAUUCACCCUAUUAGACAAGGUCGUAGAUAUGUGGACUUAGUAGAUAAGUGGACAUCGUGAUGGUGUUGGGUGCAGAUGUUACUGGGUUCGAGCUGUUGAGUAGACAUCAACUCUUGGAUGUAAGUAUAUCGAACUGACAAGUUCCAAAUAGGACAAAACGAGUGUCUUGGUUUCCACUGCUAGCCAUCAUCUACCUCUGCUGGUAUUAUUAUUAUUAUUGGUAAUAAUAAGGAUUUAAUUGUCUAGUUGUUACUAUUUAUGACUGAACUGUUCAUUUGUUCAUACACUGUAUAUGUUGUUCAUAUGUUUUCUUUUCCAAUAGACAAAUGUUCAUUCAAUUAUGUCGUCUGAAUCUCAAGUAUUAAGUCUUAUGACAACAUUGGACAGUGCUAUUGAACGAGCUGAAUUAUUAGAGAAACAAUUAAAUAUUUAUUAUAGUUUUUUAGAGGAAGUUGAAGAUGCAAUGUCUACCCUACGUGAUCAUGAUCAAUUAAUCCAAACUACAGUAGAUAAUCGCGCAAAUUUAUUAAAUGUACUUGAACAACUAGUUGAUCGGUUAGAUGUUGAUCCAAAAUACUUCCAUGUAUUAAUGAAAGGUGAUUUAAGUACAUCUGAUGGUAUUGCACGUUGUAUCGAAGCUGCUGGAUAUUUGGAUCGUUUGCUGAAUUCAGAAUUUAAAGAAGGUGAAGAACAUCUUCAAGCUGUAGAUGAACGUAUGCAAGAAUUGAGAAAUUUACGUGAUUCAUUUGCCACAAAAUUAUCAGGUUUUGUAAAUGAUGCAAUGUUACGUUACGCCAGUCAAUUAGGAUUUGUUGUUAACACAGGGAUUAGUAUGCCUUCAUCAGAUACAAUGUCAACAAUAUCAAAUAAUCAAUCUGGUAUUGGCGGUGGUGGCGGAGGAAAUAGGAAAACAUCAAUGAUGAUUACAAGUUCUUUUCGUGUUGCAUCUGAUUUAUAUGCUGUUCAAAGAACUGACUUGCUUCAACUAACUCCACUAGUUGGUAACUGGUUACAAGCUAAUAGAAAAGAUUUAUAUAUUGGAAUUAAAAGGAUGUAUAUUGAAAAAUCACAAAAUUUUUUUAAACGACAAAUACAAGAAGUAUUAAAGUGUACACAAGACUCCGUUGCUAAUCUUGUCCGACCUGGGAAAUCUAAAGAAAUUCAACGUUUAGAGAAUAUACCAUCAGAUGUUGGAAGUGUUAUGUCAUUACAUAAUUUAGAUUCAAAUCUUUUAACUCAAGUUGAAUCGAUCUUUGAUAGUUGUUUCGAUAAAAUUCUAACCCUAAUUCGUACAGAACAAGCAUUUUUAAAUCAGUUCUUCGGUUUUCAUUUGAAUGCAUCACAAAUUGAAAAGUCACAUAAUACUGUUAUGUAUAAAAAUUAUAAAGGUGAUGAAUUAUCUACUUUAUUCGAUUGUAUGGUUCAUUUAUUCGAUAGUGUUGAACAAGAUGUUUUAAAUUUAAUCACUCAUUGUGAACAAUUACAAGCUAUAUUGAUUAUGCCAUUGUUAAUUACAAUUUCACGUAUCACAGAAAAUGAAAUUACAUCAACAUCAUCAUCAUCAUUAUCAUCACCUUCACAACAAACCACAACAACCAAUUUGGAUAAUUCUAAUUCUAGUAAUGGGAUUGGCAAUACUAGUCAACUACAAUUAGAAUCACAAGAUUCUGAUAAAAUUCCAAUGACAUAUAUUGCAAAUUUUUUAUCACGACUUACUAUUGAAACAAAACGAGCUUUUAAUCGUCUUGUUGUAAGUGAUAAUUCUCUGAACAAAAAAAUUUACUGACAAUAUUGUUGCCUGUUUUUUUUUGUUGUUGUUGAUUCAAUAUUGAUUAACUGAAAAAGUCAUAUAGAGAUCCUAUUUUUCCGAUUCUGAACGUGCUUGUUGGUGAUCCCUGAUGAAAAAUUUGAAAUUAAAGACGAAACAGCUAUCUAAUUCUCAUAAUUUGUUCUUUUCCAAGUUGAUAUCAAUCUAUAACGAUUGAUUGUUUUCAGAUUCAGGGAAAUAUCUUAAACCUUGACCUAAAAGUAUAGAGUUGUCAAUAAGAGCUCACUCAGAUAUUGACCCAUAGGUUUUAGGUUUGAUCUCUACUUCACUUCAACCAUAGUUUUUACUUUAACUCUGUGAUCGAAACUACCUAUCUCUCUGGUCACAGUUUCUUAUUAGAACUGCGGGAAUUACCUUUUCAAAGUAAUCGCUAGUGUGCACAUGAUUAUUACUAUAAAGAAAGUUUGUGAGGACAGUUGAAUUCUAUGACUAACAUUACAAACCAAUCUAAGUUGAACAACGAGUAAAAAUCAGGAUCGAUUGAAAAGUUGUUCUAUCCUAGUAUGAGACUUUCCACCGGUACAAAUUCACAUCACCAGGGAUCGGACCUUUUGUUCUCUAGAAUUGGAGCUGUGAUUCAGUCAUUCAGGUAAAAAAAACCUUGAGUGGAUACAUAUUUAAACUAUGUGUUACGAUUCACUUGAUAUUAUUUUACUUGAAUCUUCGCAUUGAUAUUUAGGACUGUGAUAAUCAGUCACUAUCCAUCUUUGCUUAUAAUGCUUGUAAAUUAAGGCAAUUUCGAGGCAUACGCACAGUAUGCAUAUAUGCCAAUCAAAGACUGAUCAAUUUCAGUCCUAAAACAUCAAUGGGAAGAUUCAAGUAAAACAAUAUCAAGUGAAUUAAACUUCACCACAUUGCACAAGCAAGUGACUAUCAGGAUUCAGUAGCUGAGUGGAUAACGCAAUUGCGUUUGAAGCGAACGGUACUGAGUUCGAGUCCCAGAGUGAACAUCAACUCAGAUGCAGGUGCGUCCAACUGACGAGUCCCAAGCAGGACGAGACGCGCGUCCUGGUUUCCACUGCUAGCCACUAUCCAUCUUUGCUUAUUAUGAGGUACGAUUUUUUAGUGAUUAGAGAACGUGACUUGCAAUCAUCGAAUUUUAACCAUACUCUGAACAUUAGUUCAAACUGUCAGGUAUUAUUUAUGUAUGGUAUAAAUAGUAAGUAAACCUAUUCAUUUUAUAUAUGUUAUCAUAUCAUUUGCAUUUUUUAAAAUUCUUCAUCAGGAGCGUCUAAUUAUUUCAUUUAAAACAAGCAAACCGUGUAAAAAAGUACGAUGUGGUGUAUUAUCAAUGGUUCGCACUUAUAUUGAAUUCGCUGAAUGUUCAAUGACUGUAUUUGCUAAGAGUUCACGUUUAGUUGAUCUAGAACGUGCCCAUAGAGAAUUAGUACGAUGUUUAAUGACUGAAAUUGAUCGAGUUGCAUCAAGAAGUGUGAAAACUCCCGGUGAAGUUGUCCAGUUAGAAAAUUAUCAUCGUCUUUGUGAUAUUCUUCGACGUUUAAAAAUGUCCAGCUUAGAUGAUUAUCGUCAAGAUGCUAAGAAUCGUUAUACUUUAGCUUUACAAGAAUAUACAAAAACAUGUAUGGGUCGUCCAUUGGAGAAAUUAGCAGUAAGUUCAUUUGAUUUUCUUUUCUUUAUUUAUUAUUGUUUAUGAAGUGCAUUAUCCUCUCCUUUUACAUAUGAGAUCAACCAAAGUGAAUGGAAUUCUUUAAUAGCCACCAUUUUGAUUUCUUGAAUCUCGCAUGUACUAUCGAGUCAAAUACUAUGAAACUAAUACCCCUGAAUAGCUGACUUUCAUGGAUAUGGUAAGAAUUCCGUUAAUACCUAUGUUUUGUCCUUAUAUCAUCAUUGGUUGGAGCAGGAUUAAACUUUUGGCUUUCUUUGUAUUCUUGAUAUUGGGUGACGUAUCUAUGUACAAUGUAUUUUGAUACACAGUACUGUUGAUCCCUGAAUUGACUUACUUCCAGUUGACACAAUAAAUAUCUAUUUCUUAAUACUGUACAAAAUUCUCUCGAUAUUACUCUGUGAACGUGCAUUAUUUAAAUAAUCAUUAGUCAGGAUUUAGCUAUGAUUACUCAGUACUUGAAUGUGGAGCUAGGGAGGUAUUUGUUAACAAGUCAUUGAAUUUCGAUGAUUUUGGAAUGAAGGCCUACAGCCAGUUGCGACUUCCGUGUUGUGUAUACUGUAAAAGAGGUUUUUCGGUGCAAACUGAAAAGGAAAAUUGUAUGGGGCAGAAACCUGGAGAACUACAAAAGCCAUCAUCCAGAAAAUACAAGUGUUUAUUAACAAUUGUCUAUACAAAAUACUUCGGAUUCUUUGGUCGGACAAUGUUAGCAACAACGUACUGUGGGAGAGAACAAACCAGAUCCCAGCGGAGGAAAAAAUCAUGGAGAAGCGCUGGAAGUGGAUAGGACACACAUUGCGGGGAGCACCCAACUGCGUCACAAGACAAGCCCUCACAUGGAAUCCUCAAGGCCAUUGGGGGUGAAGGGGAAGACCAAAGAACACAUUACGCCGGGAAAUGGAGAUAGACAUGAGAAAAAUGAACAAGAAUCGGAUGGAAUUAGAAAAGAAGGCCCAGGACAGAGUGGGUUGGAGAAUGCUGGUGUGCGGUCUAUGCUCCAUUAGGAGUAACAGGCGUAAGUAAAUAAGUAAGAAAAGGAAAAUAGAUUUUUGUUCAUGCAUUUUUCGAUCAACCAUAGGAUCCAAAAGAUUGUUUGGCGAGGCUCUAAUUUAUGGACGAGAUGAUGUCAGUUCAUGAUGAAAACCCCAUAUAUAAAUCCCAAUCGAGGCAAAUUCUGACAAUGAUCAUGAACUAGAUCAUAAAAGUACCAGUAACACUGGCUACAGCUAGGUACUACAAUAUAUACGGAUGUUUGGAGAGCGCACAGACUCCUACAUGGGCUUGGUUAUGUGCAUCAUGUCGUUAUCCACAAGGAGCAUUUUGUGUACUCAGCAACCGAAGUGCACAUAAACAAUAUUGAAACUAUGUGGUCGAGGCUGAAAGAGUUUUUGAGACUUUAUCAUGGCCCCGGAUGCCGAGUAUUCUGUAGCCGUAUGGAUGAUUUCCUCUAUUGCAUGCAUUAGGAUUCUAGAACCUCUGAACCUCUUCCUAAUCUUGAAAAGUUUUUGAACCACAUAUAAGAAUUGUAUCCACUUUAUUUCCUUGGUUUUGUAUAAUAUAUUUUUACUCUAUACAGACUGUUUGCUGACUGGCUAAUAUCUCUCAAGGUCACUUAAGAGUCGUUCAAAAGUCGUCCAUAAAUUAGACUCUUGCCGAUUGUUUACUUAUGACCAGUCACACACGACCGUUUUGUGGAUACUUUUUUAUUAUGUUUGUUCUGUAAAGCUUUAAAGGUUAUUAUCAGAAAUGUUAAUUUAUUGUACCAUCUCUGCAAAGCUUGGAUAGCCAAAUAUAAUCAAACGUAGAUAGUCGCCAAGAAUCCCUACAUCGAAGGGCUCAAGUUUUAAAAACUUAGAGUGAAACUGUUGCUAGCGUUAUCGUUACAAACCAGACAUCUUACAGCCACAUUGACAUCAGUUUGUCAUUGUGUGUAGAUUGAUUUCAUUCACCACCACCACAAGGACUAACACAACUAUUCAGAUACUCGAAGCUUUCAAAUACAGGUCUUGAUAGAGUACAAUUCAUUAAGAAGGUGUUGAGAGGAAGUAUUCCAGUUAAUAUAAUUCCAUUCAGUCUUCAUCAUUGAUAACUGCGAUCGCCAUAGUAUCAAGCUGGCAGCUACAGUCGUGGUACCGGAGCACCAUCAGACUCAAGUAAACAAUUACAAAUUAUAACAAUCAUUGAUAAAUUCAGUUUGAUUUGAGUGUAAAUGCCUUUUUUGCAAUCGAUUUCAUCUAAAGGUUGAUAUGCCAAUAAGAUCAUAGUUCAUGACCAUUAGACUACACAAAUUAUUGGUGUAAGACACGUAUUAAUAUUUUUGAACUUGUCAUGUUGGAACGAAAAAUUAUCUUGUUUCAUCAUUAUUCAUGUGAGGUGGUCAAAUAUGUAGGCCACUUGUUCUUCUAUACACGUAAAAAUUGAUAUUUCUUGUUUGCUGAGUUAGAUAGUCUAGUUGUGAAAUUUUCGUUGUCUUUCUAAACAACGUUUUUAGCACACAGUUCAAUAAGAAAUGAUUUAUUAGGAUUGUCAGCAUCGAUUUAUGUGGAGACUAUAGAGUUUCUGUAGCUUUUAAACUAUGAGGUGAUAUGAGACCAUUUCGGAAACCUGAAAGCAUCAAGUGUCGUUUCAUCCUAUCACAUGGCUCGUCAGCAGUGUGCAUUGACAACCCUUCAUCCGCGUAUCGAACUCCAAACUUUCAUUCUUGUUCGACAUGCAACCGUAUUUAGUGUGUAACUUCAUUCAUGUAUGCACAAUACUGAGAAGUCCCAUACUAGGAUAAAACCGCCGUCUAACGCUUCUAAGUUUUCAAUACUCAUCUAAUUAAGAUCAGCUCGUGCUGUAUUCGAAUUUUUCAGCACUGUCCCAAUCGAACUCAUAUUCGUAGUUGUCUACAUUAGCUGAUAAGAUUCCAUGUCAGUAAAAUAAGCUUUUGCUCAUUUGUGGAGAGUCUAACAGCUUACUUCUCUUUCAAAUACUUCUUGAUCAUGUUGUCUAUGAAGAGAAUAUUAGAAACUUCACGACUUAUUGAUCCAGUACAAAGAACACAACAUCUCCAAAAUCCUUUUACUGGGCCAUAAAUAUUCUUUAUUAGCAUUAUUUCUAUUUAAGUAUUACUUUAUUUACUUAUUAUUCAUUGUUGUUUUUAUACAUUAUAUUCCAUUUUUUCUAUACAUCAUUUUAAAGAGCUUUUUUGAAAAUGUUCAAAGUGCUUUGGAUGCUGGUGUACGAUCUGAAGUGGUUAGUUAUCAAUUUGCUUUUAGUAAACAAGAAUUACGUAAAGUUAUCAAAGAAUAUCCUGGAAAAGAGGUAUGUAAAUAAUGAGAAAAAAAACCCAGAAAUAACUCGUUGAAAAUAUGAACAACGUUUGUGUGUGUAUGUGUUUCUUUGAUAGAAAGUAUUUUAAUUUUUUAUAUACGUAUAAUGUUUGCCCCGACGUGCAAUGUUUUAUGGUGUAGGAGUAGGUUGGAAGAAAGCUAGGGGCGGCCAGACCAAAACAUGGCACAAAUCCAUAAAGUCACUGACAAGUAGACUGGACCAUGUUGGCAGGUGUAGACUACCUGAUUGGGAUCUGUGAGACAAUAGCAACUUAUGGCUAAAGACCUUGAAUGACACGGUUCAUAAUCGUUUACAAUGACUCAGGUGUAUCCACUCUUUGUGUUCACCCGAAUUCUAAUCUUCUAAAUUCUUCAUGUCCCUUUCUUUUCUCCCUCCAAAUUUAUUUCACUGUAUUAUACUCCUUGAAUAACAUCUUCAAACCUUAAUCUUUCCGAUUACUGCUUAUACUCUUGCCGCCUCUACCACUAUGGGAUUUGAAUUGACAAUUGUAUCUUUGUGCUAAUGUGAUAUGGCAACUUGAACUGAUGUAUGUACGUACGAAUUUCUACGUUGUUGACUGACUGACUGAAUUAUCAGUUAAGAUUUCUAUUGGACUAUUAGCAAGUGCAUAAAAUUAGAUGAUCAGAGAUGUUUACUAGAAAUAGUCUGACAUAAUGAAGAUCUGUUUGAAGUAUGUGUGUUUUUAACCGAGCCCAAUUAUUUGUGAAGUUUUCAUUGUCACUAUAGAUAUCAUCAUCAGUUCAAUGUUGAUUGGGAACUUUUAGUAUGAGAAAAACUUUCUCUUCUAAUCAUUUUUUUCUCUCUCUCCCGUCUCUUUAUUUGAUAUGAUAACAGAUUGAUCAUAAUUUUCAUCAUAUAAUUAUAUAAGAGUAUAAAUUAUUCACUUAUAAAGGGGGUUUGCUAUUCGCUUUUUUGUCAAGUUCAUAAAAUAAGUGUUAGUAUCUAGAAUUACCUACUUAAGAUGGUUGUUUGGUUAUAAGACUAGUCAGAGAUGUUCUAACCGCGAAUAGAGCCUCAGUAUUCCAAUUGGUUGAAUUAGAACUCUAAUCGGAUGAGCUCAAGUGUGUUAAAUUCCUAUCAGGUGGAGUCAGCUCACUGUGUUUUUGAAUUGUCAGAGCCUUGUGUCGAAAUUUUUAAGUUACCUAUUUUUCAACUGUGUGAAUCUUGCACUAAACUUGCUUGUUCCAGAUUUAUUUGUAAUAAGUAAUUAAUAAUCAUAACUAUGUGUGUGCAUACGACUAGAAUUUCUUUCGAUGUUAAACACUGGAAAUCUUGAGUUGAAAACUACACUUUUUGACAAAUUUUUUGUCAUUUGUUUACCGUUUAAAAGAAUCGAGAGACGAAUGCAAUCGAUUUCAUGCCCCCAAAUGCCCUGGUACAACCGAGGGUGGGGAGAGUCAGCUCUCCCUCUCAAAAUGCUCUCACAUGGACAUGUGCAUACAACCACUGCCAGGGAAGUCCUACUCACUGCCUUGUGGCGACGGUGUUGUUUACGAAAAUGAGAGGACGAAAAGCGAUUAUCCGGCGCUUUAAUCGGGUUGGUGAACAUGGAGAAUUUACCUAGGGGAGUUGGAAUACACUGAUUCCAAACCAAUGAUGCACAUGGGCUCCAGUAUCCUGAAGCAACAAAUCUCAUAUGAACCAAUCGUUGGUCACCGACUGCCAUGGGUCUGCAUCUCCUGAUAUUGCUCUACUGCCUUAUGGAUCAGACCCUUAGGUUAAAGACUCUAGGUGUGGCCCCUAAGAAAACCACCUUUUUUAGCUUGGGCAUCUGGGAAGUAUCCAAGCCCUCACACAUGAAUCGAAUGAUUUAUGUUGCAUAUCUGUUUAGUGCCUCCUUGUACCAAUAUUCUUGUGUUCAAUUAAAUAAAUAAUAAAUUCAGUCAUAUAAUGAAUCAAAAACAAAACAAACAAAAUAGUUGUAUCAUUUGAACUGUUAGUAAACUUUAACCGUUUUUAUGAGAUAUUCAUUACAUUAUUGCCUAAUAAAAUGGUAAUAAAUGCUGUGAAUUCUUUUAUUUUGAUGAAUAAACGUGUUAUAAUACUAAUAAAAUAAGAUUUAGCACGUCAUAUCAGCACAGAAUAGAUCACAUGUGAAUAAGUUCGUUGAUUAACUUUCAUAAUUUUAGAUUCUCCGGUUCAUAUGUAAAAGUAUCUGAUUAAUAUGAAUGAUAUUAUUUCUUCAUUGAUUCAUCAUAAAUAAUAUCAUUUAAGAAGAUAGAAAUAUGCUGUAUUUUCUUCAUACUAUUAAAUCAUUAUUUAUUUGAACAUAUAAAUAUUGCUACAAAGGGGCACCGAAUACAUAUGCACCACACAAGUUACUUGAUUUGUGUGUGUGUGUGCGCCCAAAUCGAAGCAGGUGGUUUUCUUAGACAUCCAUACCUCGAGCCUUCGACCUAAAGGUCUGAUGCACAAGGCAAUAGAGCAACGUUAAGAGAUACAGUUCCAUGAUAGCCAGUGACCAAUAAGUGGUUCAUAUGCUAUUUGUUCCUUCAGGAUACUAGAGUCCAUGUGCACAAUUCGUUUGAAAUGACAGUUUACCAACUCCUCUAUAUGGAUCUUCCAUGUCCACCAACUCGGUUAUAGCGCUGUACAUUCAUUUCUCGUCCUCUCAAUUUUGUAAACAACAUCCUCAUUACGAUAAGUCAGUGGCUAUAUACGCGUUAUCCAUGUGAGGUCAUUUUGAGAGGGAGAAAUGACUCUCCCCACCCUCGAUCAUACCAGGCAUUUAUUGAUAAUUACAUAAGUCCCAAUUAAUGUGAAAUAUCUAAUUGAAUAAUAUUACAUGACCUUGUAUAAAUAAAACAUUGAAGUAUGCUUUUCUUUCUCUCUCUCUUUAUUUCAAUUGUCCUCUUUUGAUCGCAUAAAAUUUAAGGUAAAACAUGGUCUGGAAAGUUUAUGUAAAAAAGUUGAAAAACAUUUAUCUGAUGAAGAAAAUUUGUUCCCUGUAAGUAUAUAUAUGUCUGUGUAUUUUCUAUUUAUAAUUCCCAUAGCCUAUAAUUUCUAUCAUCAUAUGUGAUAGUUAAGGUGUAUCCGUUUGUGUGUGUAUGUGCGUAAAAUAGAGAAACAAAAGUUAACAAAUUUACUAACUAGACCACCAUGGAAAACCUGGAAGCACUGGACGGCCGUUUCGUCCUGGUAUGGGACUCCCCAGCAGUACGCAUCCAUGACCCCGCAUCUCGCGGGAUUCGAACCCAGGACCUACUGGCUUCGCGUGCGAGCACUUAACCAUUAGACCAUUG